AUGGGCAUGUUUGUUCAUCUUCAUAGCCUUGUUCGGCAAAUUUCCAAAUCGAGUACGGAAGGUGGAAUUUGCGAGGAUCUACUUUUCGGCCACAAUGUAAAACCACAGAGGAAGAUUACGGCGGCAGGAAAUCGUGAUGUCCUCGUUCAGGGAAUCGUCUGGCAACACCGUCCGAGUCACUUCUGUGACCCAAGGAUGUAUGGAGGAGGGUAUCGACUAUCCUGCAUUACGAUGAAGGUGUUGCGAUUUUUGCAGGUAACUUGGGAACUCGAGAGGCCGGUGGUGGUCAAGUUGAAAGCUAGGCCCUAG